GACACAUAUAAACAGUUAUUGAAUGUUUUCUUAUAAAUUACAGUACAGCAAAAAACUUCGUGAUCAAGUAGGAAAAUUGGUAAAGAAAGCUCCUGCACCAACAUUGUUGUUGGUGGGACCUUCCGGGCAUGGAAAGUCGGCAUUCAUCAAUUCCGUGUCAACAAUCAGCCAAGACAGGAAAUCAAACAUAACAAACUGUGCAAAAAGUGCAAACCAUGUUACACCAGCGUUUCGAAAAUACUAUCUUCAAGGUGAGCUGAAAGGAUUUAAAAUUGCAGACACGAUGGGCGUUACACAGGACACUUCACAAUAUGUUAACAAAAUUGUCAAAAUUAUGAAUGGGCAUAUAAAACCGGGAACAAAGUUCACAAAUGAAGGGUUUCAGACAGAUAACAGAGAAAAUGAGUUCACAGAUUCCUACAUCAACGCCCCAGAAGAAUCUGACAAAGUCCAUUGCGUUAUUAUCCUUUUGGACAUGACAACGUUUGCUAAUAAAAGCGAGUUAAUCAAAAUCGCUUUCAAAGACAGUAUCCAAAAUCUGUUAACCGAAUUAAAUGACUUGGAUGUUCCAAGAAUCGUCAUCUUGACCCAUGCAGACAAGAUGGAUAAAAACGUAGAUGAAAACAUAGCGAACAUAUUCUAUAGUGAAAAAAUUAAAGGAAUUGUAAACAUCGUCAACGACAUGUUUGGAGUUCCUAAAGAAAACAUACACCCCAUUGUAAAUUAUGCAGAAACGAAAAAUGCACAUCUAGAUUAUCGGUUACAUAUUCCGAUUCUUCUGGCCCUAGAAUCAGCUCUAAUUUUUGCCGACGAGACUUUGCAUAAACGACGCUUACAUGAAUAAACUGACGCAUAGUGAUGUAACUUAUUUUGUAAAAGCAUUAAGACUGUCAUUUUGGACUAAAGAUUUAGUUAAUUUUCCUGCUUAUCUUUAAAUACUGCUUACAAAAUGAUUUAUAUAGUGAUGUAACUUAUUUUGUAAAAGCAUUAAGACUGUCAUUUUGGACUAAAGAUUUAGUUAAUUUUCCUGCUUAUCUUUAAAUACUGCUUACAAAAUGAUUUAUGUUUGAAGUACAUAACUCACAUUUUUACUGUCUGUAUUGUCGAACAUUAUUGAUUGUACAACACAGUAUUUGGUGCAAUAAAAAACAG